AAAUCGCGUAACUUCUCUCCCCUCUCUCUCUCUCUCUCUAUCAUCCCUACUCCAAUCGGCGGAGAAUUUUCCGGUGAAUCAGAUGGUUGAUCCGGGACGGAGUUCAACUCUAGAGUCAGAUCCCCUACAUUCUUACUCAGGUCUCUCCUUGUUUCCUCGCACGCUGAAAUCAAUGUCCAUCCCUCCUCCUCCUCCUCUCUACCAAUCCGACGCUCUUCAGCAGACGCAUACUCUCCUCGAAUCUAUGCCUUUUGAAGUUUCAAAAGAGCAUCAGGAGCAGGCAAAGUGUAUCUUAGAUGAAAGCUCACAAGUUUUAGAGCAAGGCACUGGGAGCAGUGGUGUAGCAGCAUCAGAAGAAGAUGCGAAUGUUGUUGGUGUCGAGGCGAACCCUAUCCCUACUAAGCGGGAAAGAAGACCGGCGUAUGAACGUAAACGAGCACACUUUACUUUCAAGCCUACGAUAAGUGAAUCAUCACCUCAAAAAGAACCAACUUUUGAUCCAAGUAAAUAUCCAAAACCAAGAGAGUACUUUGCUGCGUAUGAGAGAUUUCUAAUUGCUCAACGAGAAUGGCAGAAGCAGACUGGCACCUUUGUAAAAGAGACACACCAGUAUCAGAAACGCCCUCGCAGACCAGAGCUUCCAGGGAGAAAACGGGGUACAUACAAGCAUACUUAUACGGAUAGUUAUCUCAUUGACUUGAAAAAUUCUCAAAGUGAAAACCCCGUUCCUUCUGAACAAAGCUUAGAGGAAAACGCUGCUGCACAUGUUAAGCCUGCGGAACAAAGCUUAGAGGAAAACACAGCUGCACAUGUUAAGACUGCGGACAGAGAAGUUGAUGAUUCAACGGCAAACGCAGACAAGAACUUAGAAAAUAUUUUGACUGAGUUGCUUGCUUGCUCUCCGGAUGAGCUUGACGGGGAUGCUGGUGUCAAGCUUUUGGAGGAACGCUUGAAUAUCAAGCCCAUUGAUAAGCAAAGGCUUGCUUUCCCUGAAAUUCCUGAAUUUAUAGAUGUCAGAAGAAUGGACUUGAAGGCGUCUGGAAGGAACCCAUCAAAGCCAAGAACUGCGUUGUCAAACAUACAGAAUUUGGUAAAAGGGAUCAACAGUGAUGCGAGUCGGAAAAAAAGCCAGGCAUCACCAUCAUAUUCACCACAGGAUCAGUUUUCAUUUCCCGACAGGCUUAAUUUGCUUCCAGGCGAUCAACAGCCUGGAGAGGUCGAUACUGCAAAGGAUUCGAAUGCCACUUUGGGAUCUUCAGUGGCCAACAAUACUGAUAACGUUAUAACUGAUGCAUCUCCGUCUAAUGUGGGCGCUGUUCACGUUGCUAGCGAAUUCAACAAUUCAGUGCAGAAGAGUUUCUUUGAAGAUGGUUCUGACACUCUCUCUGGCGUCCAUAGAUCUAAUUCAAGUCCAGAUAGGAACGCAGAUAACUGUGUGGAUAGCAUCACGGACAUAGAUCCAGCCACACUGAAGCUGAAUGUAGAUGUGCAAACAAAAGGAAAUGAGGGAGAUGUACUCAUGGGUGAAAGUGAAGCAAACAGAAACACUGGCAGAAGAGAAAAUGAUGUUGAUAUCAAUGAAAUAACUGAGCAGUUAGACAACCUGGCGGAAGUUGCACCUAGAGACGAUGCAAGAAUGGAUCAUUUUACUGUAGAAGAUGAAAGCAUCCCAUAUCAGCAAGAACAAUACAACACCAUGGAGGGAUCCAUUGAACAUGAGGAGCACAUUCAAGGACCACCACAUGGAGAGGAAAAUGACAACGCAGACACUACUUGUGGAGUUCAAGUAGAAGAUGCUCAGCAGGAGGCUCACAACUCGUCAGCGAAACAGACAAACAAGAGAAGCAAGAGAGGAUCUUCUGAUAGCAAUAUGAAAAAGCGAAGCAAAACCGUGCACGGCGAGAGUGAGAAGGACAAGCAAACGAAAACAUUAUCACAUGAAAGUAGAGCAAAGAAGCAAACCAAAGGAAAAGCGAACGAGAGAACGGAGAAGACGCAAAAGAAGACAGUAACACGUGAGAGUCAGAUGUUCUCCCGUAGGAAAAGCCUUGCAGCUGCUGGUACUAAUUGGGAAACUGGUGUCAGACGAAGUACAAGGAUUAAGUCGAGACCUCUUGAAUACUGGAAAGGUGAAAGAUUCUUGUACGGACGUGUUCACGGGAGUUUGGCGACUGUGAUCGGAAUAAAGUAUGAAUCUCCGGGGAACAAGGGCAAAGGCGAAACGCGCGCAUUGAAGGUGAAAUCAUUUGUAUCUGAUGCAUACAAAGAGUUCGUUGAAUCAGCCGCCUUGCACUGAAGAUUCUUAAUAAUCCUAGGAGGAGAGUGUUCAAAGCAAAUAAUCUUUUAAUCAUAACUCUAUUGAUAUGGUGUUUCGUGUCCACUAUUAUCACUUCGGGUCUCCAUAACCUGUCACUUUCUUCUUUAUUCAGACCGCAACUGUUUUGGAAUUUCGAAAACGUAACCGAGAGUUUCAACUUUCAGUUAGUUUUCCUCCAUUUUGAUUAGUCUCAAAGUCUUUGGUAUUCAUUUCUAAGGCA